GGACGCGCGUCGAAGCGGCCGACUGUGUUCGGCGCAGUCCUCGCGAACAGUGCGGUUCUGCCUCGUGCACCUGUCUGCCGUCUGUCCCGUGCCAUCCUGUGAGCGAGUGCAGCGGCCGCCGACGCAGCCACAGCCGGAACCAGCUACAGGAUCCGUGAUAAUCGUCCGCCGGAACCAGGGACCAUUUUAUUGAGGCAGGCAUGUGGACGGCGUUGCGGGCGCUGUCGCGGCAGAAGACGCUGAGCGCGGAGGCGGUGUCCUCCAGCCAGCUGUCGCGCUGCCUGUCCGUGCUGGACCUGACGCUGCUGGGCGUGGGUUCGACGCUGGGGCUGGGCGUCUACGUGCUGGCCGGCGCCGUGGCGCGCGAUGAGGCGGGGCCCGCCGUCACCAUCUCCUUCCUGGUCGCCGCCAUUGCCUCCGCCUUUGCAGGAAUAUGCUAUGCAGAAUUUGCUGCUCGUGUGCCUCGUGCUGGAUCAGCAUAUGUCUACAGUUAUGUCUGUGUUGGUGAAUUUGUUGCAUUUGUCAUUGGAUGGAAUCUUAUUCUGGAGUAUGUAAUUGGGACGGCAUCAGUCGCUCGUGGACUUAGCAGUUAUGUGGACACACUUGUCAAUGGAACAAUGGAAAGAACAAUGAAGGAAGUCAUGCCUAUGAAAAUAAACUUCUUAUCAUCAUACCCAGACUUUUUAUCAUUAGGAAUGAUUCUAGUUUUAACUGGUAUUCUUUCAACAGGGGUAAAAGAAUCUACACUUCUCAAUAAUGUGUUUACCGGCAUCAACAUAAUAGUGAUAUUGAUAGUUAUUAUUUCUGGAGCAAUUAAAGCUGACCCAAAUAAUUGGAAAAUCUUAAAAGAAGAUAUACCAUCUACAGUAACAAAUCCAGGAGAGGGUGGAUUUUUGCCAUUUGGGGUAGCUGGUGUAAUGGCUGGAGCAGCAAAAUGUUUCUAUGGAUUUGUGGGCUUUGACUGUGUAGCAACUACAGGUGAGGAAGCAAAAAAUCCACAGCGGUCUAUUCCUAUAUCAAUUGUGAUAUCACUCGUCAUCAUAUUCUUGUCAUACUUUGGUAUAUCAACAGUGCUGACAAUGAUGUGGCCAUAUUAUGAUCAGGAUCCACAUGCCCCUCUGCCAUAUGUGUUCAGCCAAGUUGGAUGGCCAGCAAUUAUGUGGAUCGUGACUACUGGAGCUGUCUUUGCUCUAUGCACUAGUCUUCUUGGUGCCAUGUUCCCUUUGCCAAGAAUUUUGUAUGCUAUGGCAAGUGAUGGCUUACUCUUCCAGUUCCUUGCUAAAGUACAUCCACGCUCACAGACACCUGUUCUGGCAACAGUGGUCUCAGGUAUUUUUGCUGGUAUAAUGGCAGCUAUUUUUGAUUUACAACAUCUUAUUGAUAUGAUGUCCAUUGGAACUCUUCUUGCCUACACUAUUGUUGCAAUCUGUGUUUUGAUUCUCAGGUAUGAAGAUCCAUCUCCUGCAUCAUUUGAACAUGAUUUGCCUAAGAAGGAGAUUAAUGUGUUCAAUGCUGUUUUGCUGUCACUGAAACACCUCUUCAAUUUCUCCUUAUUAAAAUAUCCUACAGAACUCACUUCUACAAUAACUAAGUGGGCUGUUGUAAUUUUCAGUUUAAUUGCAUUAAUGUUUUGUGCAACAUUAAUACAUGCUGGAGACUUUGUACAACAAGGGGAGAUGUGGGCAGUGAUUCUAUUAGCUGUCUUGGCUUUUCUGAUGAUGCUUACCCUGGCAGUAAUUGCAAGACAACCGGUGUCUACAAAGGAUCUAUCAUUCAAGGUUCCAUUGGUGCCAAUGAUUCCAGCUCUGAGUGUGCUCAUCAAUUUGUAUUUGAUGUUGAUGCUUGACAGAAAUACAUGGAUUAGGUUUUCUGUGUGGUUGGUUAUAGGUUUUAUAAUUUAUUUUGGAUAUGGAAUCCGUAAAAGUGAAGAAGCAAAGUAUAGAAAAAGCAAGGAACUUGAAAAUGUUCAGUAUCAUGAAAGUAAAUAUCAAGUAAACCAAAAGCAAGCACCAUUGGCAUCGCAGCCGCCAACAUUUUCAACAAUUUUUAAGAACAGAGCUUCCUAUGAUGUGAAACUCUAAAUUUGUACCAUUUUUAUCGGAGUUUUUUUAACUGCUUGUGAAUAUCCAUUGACUGUGACUACUUUAAUUUCAAGACUUUUAAAAACAUUUGGGAAACAACGGCCACUUUUAUUGAAUAUAAUUGAAAGGCAUUGAAAAGUUGCCAUACUUAAGGUACAAAAAAAAAGAGAAAAAUAUCUCACUGAUAGGCCUCAAAGAAAAUAAUAGACAGUGAAGAAAUUGAUGUGUACAAAAUUAUAUGUAGAUUUGUCUCAAGUUUUUGUACUCUGUAAAAAGAUGUAUUUUAUUCAAACCCUAAAACAGUAUUACUUAUUUGUAAAUAUAUGUUUUGUUGGAUAAUAAACUUGACGUUAUUUCAAAUGCUUA